CAUGGAGUAGAAAGUGCAUUAGACCUGUGAUGGCAAUAAGCAUCCGUUGGACGCUCCUGCUUUCCUUUAUUGCUACAGUUUUUCACAAUGGCCAAGCACAGUACAGAUCGCCUCGAAUCACAGAACACCCUUCGGACGUCGUCGUGCCCAAAUCCGAGCCGGUCACGCUCAACUGCAAGGCGGAAGGGAGGCCGGAGCCGAGGAUCGACUGGUUCAAAAAUGGCAUAAAGCUUGAUCUGACCAAUCCUGACACGAAGACGAACCGAGUAGUGCUUCCUUCCGGGUCGCUGUUCUUCCUGAGAGUGGCACACGGAAAAAAGGAGCAGGACGAUGGUGUGUACUGGUGCGUCGCCACUAACCAGGCGGGAAGUGCCACAAGCAGAAACGCAACACUACAAGUUGCAGUUCUACGUGAUGAAUUUCGCACAGUUCCUUCGGACCUGAAGGUAGCCGCGGGGGAGGAAGCGGUCUUGGAAUGCGGUCCUCCCAAGGGGAACCCUGAGCCGUCCUUACUCUGGAAAAAGGACGGGGAAGUCAUCGACUUGGACGACAGAGUGAAGGUGGUCGACGGUGGAAAUCUGAAAAUAACGCAGGUCAAACCGAAUGACGAAGGAAAGUAUCAGUGCAUCGUCCAGAACAUUGUUGGGAUGAAGGAAUCUCCUUUAGCCAGUCUCACCGUCCACGUUAAGCCUUAUUUCACGAAGGCCCCAAAGGAUAUAACAGCCGUUGCUGAAUCCACUGUCGAGCUGAAGUGCGAGGUGAGCGGAGACCCGCCCCCCAAGGUCCAGUGGAAAAGGGAAGAGGGUAAAAUCCCUCCUGGAAGGUCGGAGGUCACGGAAGAACUCAGUUUGAAGAUUGAGAGGGUGCAUCCGGACGAUGAGGGUGCAUAUUUCUGCGAAGCGGACAAUCCAGUUGGCAAGGCAUCCGCCAAGGCGAUCCUCACCGUCCACUCCGCACCCGUGUUCCUCGUCAAGCCCGAAGACGAAGCCGUCCCUUUGGGCGGUGUCGCCAAAUUCGAAUGCGUCGCCCGAGGAAGCCCACCGCCUUCGAUUUACUGGCUGCGCGAAGGGGAUCCCAACCUCAUGUUCCCGAGGGAUGAAUACGGCCGAUACUGGGUCAGCCCUAAGGGCCAGCUUAACGUGAAAGGUGUCGCCAGGGAGGAUGCAGGACUUUACUUAUGUACGGCUUUGAGCGUGGCUGGCUCGACGACUGCAAGGGCAUACCUUCAGGUGACAUCGGUGAAUGACAAACCUCCUCCAAUAAUCGAAAUCGGGCCGACAAACCAAACUUUGCCUUUGCAGUCGUUUGCUACGUUGCCAUGUCAAGUUCUUGCCAACCCACCGGCGAAAGUGGUCUGGUACAAAGACGGGGCUGAACUGGAAGACGGGGAUCGCGUCACAAUUUUACCCUCAGGGACUAUAAGAAUAGAUGAAUUAGACAUAUCUGAUACUGGAGAGUAUACUUGCACUGGAUCAUCCGAGUCGGGUGUGAGCCGGUGGUCGAGUUAUCUCACAGUUGAACGAUCUCCCGGUGCAGAUCUUCACAGAAGCCCAGAUCCAAGCACAUUCCCAAGAGCACCGUCGACACCCAGGGUUGUGAACGCAUCCCAAAAUUCACUCACAGUCGCCUGGGACCCUCCCUCCGGUACGUCUACCCUAAUCGGCUACACUUUGGAGUAUUUCAGCCCAGAACUACAAACCGGAUGGGUCAUGGCUGCCCAUCGCAUAAUCAGCCAUACAUAUACGCUAUCGGAUUUGAAACCUGACACGGGAUAUAUGUUCAUCGUGAGAGCUGAAAACAGCCAGGGGUUGUCGAUACCAAGUGGAAUUUCUGAACCUGCUAGGACCUUGCGAGAAGGAGCUGAAGCUAUGGCCCCUCAUCAACUGGAUGAAGCUAGAAGCCGCUUGGCCAACAGAAUCGUAGUUUUUAAAGAACUCACUGCACUCUCUUCUACUUCCGUGAACACAAAAUGGGAGGUACUUAGUGACGACUACUAUGAAGGUGUUUAUAUUAGAUUCAGAGAAAAAACGUCUGUCUUUCAUAAAUUCCAAAUGGUGACAGUGCCUAAGACUGAAAACAGCGAGCACAUCGUGACCAAUCUUAAGAAGUUCACGAGCUACGAGUUUUUCCUAAGCCCUUACUUCAAAUCUGUCGAGGGCUACCCAACUAUUUCAAAAAUAGUCAAAACACUAGAAGACAUUCCAACUGAGCCACCACAAAACGUUCAGAUAGAAAUUGUCAACACUACUGCUGCAUAUGUUCGUUGGGCUCAGCCACCGACAGAGCACCAUAACGGGAUCCUUCAAGGAUACAAGAUUCAAGUGAAGGGAAAUAGUACAAAAAUACUUGCAGAGAUGACCUUAAACAUUGGGACGACUAACAUCCUACUUAAUAAUUUGACAUCAAAGGGGGCUUAUUCAGUACGAGUAGCUACAUUUACAGCAAUAGGACUUGGCCCAUGGUCUGAGCACAUCACCCUCUUUCCUGGUCAUGCGAGAGGCUUAAGAGCACCCAGGGGUGGAGAGACAUGGCUAGUUCUUCUUGUCGUUGUGAUGGCACUUUUACUUGGGUUAGCCUGUUCUUCUGUACUAUAUUUAAGAAGAAGAAACAACAACAAACAACUAGGUCAUCUAUCCGUUCCUGUAGUGAACACGAACAAUCUAUCUUUGAUGAGAACGAUACCAAAAGACGGCGGUGUCUGGCUGGAUCGCGACUGGCAGAGUGAAGGCAAGUCUGACAGGGACCAAGACACGACUGAAGCAGACCAGGAAUGUGCCGAUUAUGCUGAAGUCGACACCAAGAAUUUAGCUACGUAUUAUGCUACGGGCAAUGCAAACAAAGAACAGCCUACACCUUAUGCCACGACGACUUUACUUGCUAGACCUCAGAAUUGCCCUUUGAGGCACAGCCCUGAAAUAAACAAUAUCCAUGGUCAAAUGCAUGAGUCAAAAAGUACGCCAUCAGUUGAAUAUAAUACAAAUAAUACUCAACAAAAUAUAUAUUCCAAUGGAAACCAUUUUAGAAUAAGGAGCCAACAGCAUAUCUACAAUGAUAAAAAUAUGGAGGAUCCUAGUUGGGGUGAAUACAUGCACCCGAGUUCAGAUGUCUCAGACCACCGUAUAUCGCCAAGAGUGAAUUGCCAAAGUCCGAAGGGUGUUCGUAGGAGUAAUAUGUCACGAGAAAGCCUCUAUGAACUUCCUCGGGGUCCACCAAGGAGCGAAAGCACCUACAGCUACACACCGACAUGGCACAACAACAUCCCUCACCACACAGCGUCGCAACAUUCUAUCCAAGUCGGUGAGAGAAAUCAUAGAAGGGAAUCAUCAGGUGAGAGGUCGACAAGCACAAGAACAUCAAAAGGCAGCUAUGGACCAAGCUCUAAAUCUCUCAGACAUGGGCAGAGAAGCGAUUCCAGGAAUGAACGUCCUGAUGAAAACACUUCACUUUUAUAUGAGCAACAAAUUUCCAAGCUGAACCGUGACAACUACAGGCCGAGACAUGAAUACAGGGAUAAUUGCGCCAUACUUGAUAUUAUUCAGCCAAACCAUCAUAGCCCAAUAAAUAGACAUUUAGCAAAUCAACAACGGACACAAGAAUGCGGAGGAGGAGACUACAGCGACUGUUCAGUUAGAGAAUGCUGUGACGAGGACUGCAGCAGUAGCUACACUAGCGACAUAUGCUGUUCUUGCAGCGAAUCAUCUUGCCUGUACGAAUCCUGCUCACAGCCCCACCACCGACCAUGAGAAAUACUUAAUCAGCGUUUUGUAUGAAGCGCUGAUUCUGAUGUGGAAAAAAGUGAUUUCAGUAAUAUGAAGAAAUAUCACAAUUUACAUGCUUCAAAGGAUGACUUUCGAUUUUAACAUUUUUCAGGAUGACUGAGUCUUCCUUAUUAAAUUAAUACUAAAAACAAAAA